AUGGAAGGAAGUAGGAAUGAUACUGAGAGGAGUUGCGGUGACAUCCAAGCAUCAAAUUCAUUUGUAGACAGUGUGUUAUUGAAAAGCCCCCAAAGUUGCACCCACACCCACACUUGCAACCCGCCAGGCCCGGGCGCUACCCAUACUCACACGUGCUAUCACGCUCACACACACGUAAUCCCAUCCGAGCAGGAUAGAAGCCCGGUUUCCACAUCCCACAGGCCAGCUGGAAACCGAGAGGCUGUGAGGAAGUACAGAGAGAAAAAGAAGGCUCACGCGGCCUAUCUUGAGGAGGAGGUCAAGAAAUUGAGACGCACGAACAAGCUGCUGAUGGGAAAACUACAGAGGCAGUCGGUUCUUGAGGCAGAGGCUGCGAGGCUCAGGGGCAUUUUGGUCAAUCUAAGAGGAAAAAUCGAUUGUGAGCUGGGCGAUUGUCACAGACCGUAUAGUUGGGUCAAUGAUGUAAGAGGAGGUGAAUGUGGACCACGACUGGCUGGUGGCGCGGAUGAUGUGGCAUGCGGGUUGGGUGGCCUUGUGGGCUCAUAUGAUGGUAUUAGUGAGUGCGGAAAAGGGAUGGCUAAUUGGGGAGGCACUUGUGGGCCCGUAAAUGUCGAGUGUGAAACUGAUGAGAAAUUUGUAGAAAGCGCAGAGAAAUGCUUGCAGGACUCGUUGGCAGUAUAA